AUGACAAAUGCACUGAAAAGACGCCGAAUUGGGGCCUCAAGCUCAACAGAGACAUAUAGGGAUGCUAUUCCUUUGCCCGACAGUUUUGCAACAAUCCGUUCCAGUGAAGGCACGGCGGAGGGUAGAGUCAAUUAUUCUACUAUUCUUUCCGCUGGAGCGUGGGACGAGGCUACAUCUUGGAUACCUCAAGACGACAAUAUGUAUUCCUUGAUGCCGGAUAGUACUGGUUUCGACCUUGCUGUAGAAGGCGACUUUAUGGAUGGAGAGGACGAUGACAUUGUGGUGCCUAAUGCAGAGGGCGAACAACAACAAGACGAAAUCCAGUCCAUACCAAUAACACCCGCUGUGCCCGGUGUCAAGGCAAAACGAAGUUUGGUAUCAAAACGCCCGAAUGUUGUCUGGUGCUCAUUGUAUCGACAGACAUACCUAGAGGAACUUAUUCGGUGGUCUGGCCGGGGCGAUUUUCGACAUCUUCAAUCUUGUCCCGAUUGCGUUGCUCGAGGGGUGGAAACUUUAGGCCGAGCAGAGUAUAGGUGUAGGGAAUGCUUCUCUCCAGACCUGACGUGUAACAGUUGUUGUGUUAAAAGACAUAGACUUCACCCGUUUCAUCGUAUUGAGCAAUGGAACGGCUCAAGUUUUGUAGACGUUACGCUGAAGGAGCUAGGUCUGAUCAUCCAGUUGAACCAUGCUGGUGCUUACUGCGAUAACCCAAUUCCGUGUCAUUCAAAAAUGUUGAUUCUGCAUACGAACGGCAUCCAUUCGUGCAACAUUCAGUACUGCGGCUGCUCAAGGGCUAUUCCUCCACACCUCCAGCUUCUUCGUCGGCGUAUAUACCCAGCAACCCAGCUAGCUAUGAAGAGUUGUGCAACAUUUGAACUCCUUCGACAUUUACAUCGACUUGCCCUCACAACAAAGGCCUCUACCUACGACUUCUAUCGAUGUCUUGAAAAGUCGACUACAAACCUUGGUAUUGAUGUACCAAAGUCACGAUACCGGGCUCUCAUGAGGAUGGUUCUCCAGUGGCGGCAUUUACAGAUGCUGAAGUGGGCAGGCCGAGGACACGAUGAACGGGGAGCGGCAGGUACUUUACCUGGAGAAUUAAUGGUCAAAUGUCCAUCUUGUCCGCACCCUGGCAUCAAUCUGCCAGAUAACUGGCGGGAUGCUCCUGAUAAUAUGAAGUUUUUGUAUGCGGUCAUGAUUUGCCUAGAUGCAAACUUCAGAUUAAAAAAUCAAAUGGUUUCAAAUUACUCCCAGGAUCCAGGGCUGGGCUUGGGUCUGGCGUACAUGAUCCACCGAACAAAGUAUGAGGCGUACGUCAAAAGUAAAGCAAACGAAAACGAUAUAAGCACCUGCGUAGGUUUUCAGGCACUUGCUAAGGCAAACAGCAAGUUUUCGAAGGGCCUGAGAUAUACCGGAGUGGGAAUGGGUGUGUGCGGCAGAUCAGAAAUGAUUUUAGGAGUUGGAAAUCUUCAUAAGGGUGAACGCUAUGCCAACAUGGACUAUAUUUUUGGGACGAUUUUAAAGGCCCUCGCUGUCGUCUCCGUUCUUGCCAGUUAUGACAUUGCCUGCCAAUGGUUCCUCAACCUUCUUAGGAGAAUGCAGGAAGACUGGCCGCCUGAAAUCAAACCAUCGUCGGACAUGAGGUUUACUCCCGCAAUCCCGAAACUUCAUGCUUCUAUGCACAAACAGUCUCAUGCUAACCACGAUGUCUACUCGUUGAACCUCAUUCCUGGGGCUGGUCAAUCUGAUGGAGAAUGCCCUGAACGUGUGUGGGGCCCGCACAACCCUGUUGGAAAUGCCACAAAAACCAUGGGCCCUGGUGCCAGACAAGACACUCUCGACGACCAUUUUGGCUUCUGGAAUUGGUUAAAGUACACGUCUAUGGGUAUCACUCUACUUAAGAGAUAUCGACAGGCAGUCGCGGAUCGAAAUGCUCAGGUUGAAGGACAUCGUGGUCUGACCGAAUCUGUCAAAAAGGAAAAUCCGCAGCUGAUCGAUGUUUGGGAGAAAAUGUGCAUUGAGUGGGAAUUGGACAAGUUUCCGAAGGACAAGAAGAAAAACCCUUACUAUAUGCCAAGUAUAAGUGAGUUCUCCACAUUUUCAAAGCUCAAUGACUUCACAGUAAUCAUGACUGGCUCAGCGUUAAGCGAAGCUCAGGUGAAGAAAGACCUUGCAGAGAAGGAAGCCAAAUUUCUGGCACAGGGUGGCUCAUUCCAGCAUGCCACAACAUCUUCGAUGUUUAUAUCCCUUGGAUUGGAGCUUGAAGAAGCCCAACGACGUGUCAGACGUCUGGCAAAGGGGGUAGGACCUCAUUCAACAAUCCGGCAGGCAGGGUCUUUGACCGAACAACGAAACAUUCUCUCAACUCGUAUUCGGGCAUGGGAGCAGCUCUUGCCGGUCUACAUACCAGGAAUUGUCCAGUAUCAAAAAGACCAUCCGAUUACGACCAAGACUAGCUACGCUGAAGACGCCGUUCUCUAUCUGCCCUCAUCAAUUCCAGAACCCUGUCGAUCACGAAUCUGUACCCCCGGACUUGCCAAUAUUGAGAAGGAGCUGCGGUUUGCCCAGAUGUCAGACUCGCUGGCGUCGAUUCGGCAAAUUCUCAUCAUCAAAUCGAGAAUGAUUGAUUUCAAAAAUAAAAACAUUCGAGGACAGCGAGACGGUACACGAUCGACUACAGUAAUCGAUCGCGUCCACGAGCGAGCACGUUUUGCGGCCUCAAAGUAUCGGUCUGCACGAGCUGCACAUUUGGCGUUAGCAGGAGAUGGUGAUUGGGAAAACACGUACCGGGUGUUGGAGGAUAAGGAUGUGAGGGGUUAUCAGGAUCCAGACCGAUUACGACCUCGUGUAGGACGUCAAGGCAUAUACGAAGACGGGCAUGAGCCAUCUUUGAAUGUUGAGGUUGAUGAAGAUGACGGUAUAAACCUUGUGAAUCAGCUGAGAAAUAGGAGAGAUGGAACAGGACAGACCAGAAGAACCCUAUCAUGGAUAUGGACAGUCACAAUGGGCGUUCGAACGGAGGAGGACCACGACGACAUUCUGCGAGUGGAGUGGGCGAAGAGUCGUGCUCGGGUUAUGCGUGCCAAGGAGGAGGUGUUGCUUUUAAAAGAGGAAAUGCGGAGAACAUUAGCGUUUCUGAAGUACAAAUCAGACUGGUGGGUAGAGCGACAGUCGGCACUUCCAGGUGCUCCAAAGGAUUUGGUGGAAGGAAUAUCUGCAUUUGCAAUAUCCCAGGCUGAGAUCCAAACAUCCCUCGCGAACCACUUUCGAAAGCUAUGGGCGGCACCUUUCAGUGAGAAUGUUGAGGAGGAUGUCGACGAAGAUGAGGACGAGGUAGAGGAGGUAGAGGAUGUACCUCUAGAUGAAGACGAGGAAGAUGAAUUUGAGAACGAGACAGAAGAGCCCCUGUAG